AUGGCUGCAGAUGGACGAGAGGACUUAAAGGAAGUCCGAGAGGCAUUCGGCAAUGGCAGCGCCGUCGAUUGCAGAGUCUCUGAGACGAAAGGACGCAUCUUGGUGGCGCAGAGCUCCUUUGCCGUGGGCGAACUGAUCUACGUGGAACCUCCGCUCCAUAUCAUUGAGGAGGACGAGGCUUGCCCUACUUAUCUUCGCCUGGAAGCGUUGGCGUCAGCAUGUGGCCUCGGCUAUGCUGCACGAUGGUACUGGUAUGCUCUCAACUGCCUCACCGCAACGGAUUUCGAUCCAGAGCCGCCAUUGCCAGGUUGCGGCGUUAUCUCGGAAGGACUGCAGCGGCAGCUGCUUCUUCUUUGCACGCCCGACGAGAAAGCCUCUGCCGUCAAUGCGCUCCGCUCGCUGCUGGCGGAACUCUCGGGGCCGGUACAGGCGGCGGAGAAGGUGUGGAAGCUGCUGCAGGUUUGGAAGUUCAACAGCUUCGAGUGCGGCGAGGAUCCGGUCAGUUCGGCCGUCUACUUCCGAACGUCAUUUCAUUCGCACGACUGCAACCCAAAUGCCAGCUGGACGGCAAACAGCAAGGAUCUGCUGGAGCUCCGCGCGCGACGUUGCAUUGAAGUUGGUGAGGAGGUGACGAUCAGCUACCUCUCGGACGAAGAGCUCUUUGAGGCGACGAGUGAGCGACGGUACCGGCUGGAACUCUCGAAGGCUUUUCUCUGCGGCUGCGAUCGCUGCCUUGAGCCCUACGACUCUUGCCGUCGCCUCCGCUGCUGCCAGGAUGGGAGUCGACGGUUCGCGUCCGCUGCAGGAGGCCCUGGGCGCGACGUGGUGUCCACCUGCACGGCACCCUCCCCCUGCACGUGGACGGUGGAGAGGACUGCGGAGGUUUUGCAGAAGGAGGAGUUGCUGGUGAGACUCUACAGGCAGCACUCCGACUCGGACGUGGCAGUCCGUUUAGACCUCGCACGGCGCUUCUGCUCCGCCGCGGAGCAGAUUUUCCCCAGGCACUGGGUCACGGAGCGCCUGUGGAAAUGGAUUGUGGAAGGUUGCACCAGCAAGUUCGAAGCAAAGACCUUCGAAUGGAAGCGACUACAGUUCCUAGAGGAGGCCUACAGUGGCGCUGCGCGCAGUACGCUCACUGCUUGGGUAAGACAGAGCUGGGCCAUGUGGACACUUAGCAGCUGCGGCGUUCUACAGCAGCAGCCGGCCCCUACUGCGGAAGCCUGGCGCAAAGCCCAGCGGACGGGAGCUCUCGAAGCACUGCACACAUCAGCCCAGGUCCUGCAGGAGCUCAACGGCACUGAAGACAAGUACUUCCUCCAUGUCCAGAGCCACCACGCGAGGCUCUCGGCGGAGUGUGCAGCUGCCUUGGCGUCUGAGCCGCAGGGCUCCGGGUCAGCUGGCUACGGUACCAAGAGCCAGGGCUAG